CUGUUGUAUAGGCAACACUUAUUACAGUAACGUAAACGUCAAUUUGAAUUUUUUUAUAAAUUAGACAGAUGGCUAGUAAACCACUACCAGGUGCAAAAGUCAUAAUUAGAAAAGCUCCUCCGAAAUUUAUAUUGACACCUUCUCAAAAGGCAGAUAUCAAAGAAGCAUUUGAUCUGUUCGAUGGAAAAGGUAUUGGUAAGAUCGAUAUGAAAGAUUUUAAAGUGGCAAUACGAGCAUUGGGAUUCGAACCCGGCAAAGAAGAAAUACGCAAAAUGGUGUCCGAAAUAGACAAACAAGGAACGGGACAAAUAUCUUUCGAUGACUUCUCGUAUUUAUUGGCAACUAAGAUGUCGGAGAAGGAUUCAAAAGAAGAUUUACUGAAGGCUUUUAGAUUAUUUGAUGAAGAAAAAUCAGGUUACAUAACGUUUUAUAAUUUAAAGACGAUAGUUACGGAAUUGAAUGAGAAUUUGACAGAUGAAGAAAUACAAGAAAUGAUCGACGAGGCAGAUAGAGAUGGGGACGGUAAAGUUAGUCAAGAUGAAUUUUUAAAAAUAAUGAAUAGAGAAGUGUUAUGAAACAAAAACUUUUUUAUUAAUUUGAAAAAUCGAACUUGUCAUUACAGUAUUUUUUUGUUUUUUUUUUUGAAAAAUACAAUAGAUUAUUAGUGCAUACUAAAUUUGAUUGGAAAUAUGAUUGGUUCCAAUGUAACGUUUAUAGAGAUGGGAAAUACAUUUUUAUGAAAUUAUUGUUCAAUAUAUGUACUUUAUUUUGUAUUUAUUCAAUAAAUGUAAAUACUUGAA